AUGUGGCAGAAAACUGGAGGAAAUGGAGACAACGUACGCAGGAAUCUUUACGCGAAAGCCAGUGGAGCCGACGAAAAAGACGAAGGGACUCAGUGUGCAAUUUUCCUUCACACAAUCGGAGAAGAAGCAUUGGAAAUCUAUGAUACUUUCACCUUUACUGAAACUGAACAAGAUAAGAUCCAACCGCUCAUUCAGAAAUUUGAGAGCUACUGUACACCAAGUAAAAACACGACAUACGAGCGAUAUAUAUUUAAUACGUGUGUACAAAACUUCACAAGAAUUUUGAAAGAACCUUCUCGUUUCGGGAAGAAACGAAAGCAAGUAGAAAUGUCAGCAAAACACAGUCUUGUUCGCGUUGUGGCUCAAAUCCGAUGCACCAAAACAAUGCCCAGCGUUUGGGCAAACAUGUCGCAAGUGUCACGGAAAUAAUCAUUUCGCCAAAAUGUGCCGCUCGAAAAACCUCAACACUCAAAUGUCAGAAACAUGCGUACACGAAGUUCGAAAAGAAGAAACUACCGAUAAUUCUAGUACGGAGGAAGACGAAUCGUUUAUCGGAGAAAUUACGACAACAACCGCCAAAAAUGUAUUAAUAUAAACUAACCUCAAGGUUAAGCAAAAAUGUAAAUUUCAAAAUAGACACUGGCGCUCAGUGCAAUGUGCUACCCGAGGACAUUUUCGACGGAAUUAAGCAGAAACCACAACUCAUCGCUACUGGGACAAAUCUAACAGCAUAUGGAGGAGCACAGGUUCCGGUGAAAGGAAAAUGCGUUUUAGAAAUCGAGCAAACUGCAGACCGGAAAACGGAAGUCGAGUUCUUUGUUGUCAAGGUUCCCAAUGCCAAAGCACUGAUUGGUUUACAAACAUGUCAGAAUCUUGAAUUAAUUAGCAUAAAUCAAAUCAGUGAAAUCCAGGAAAAGAAAGUAGACAUCAUCGAGGACUACAAAGAUGUAUUCACUGGUUUGGGUCUCGUCGAAGGAGAAGAGUGUUAA